UCAGUCAAAUGUCAAAUUUGUCAACAACAUAGAUAACCUCUAAUUUGAGCAGAUUUAGAACUGAUUUUGUCAUAAUUUGUAUUUUAUUAUUAUUAAAAUGAUCCCCCGUGUUAACAUUCUCUUCAAUAUUCUAAGAAAUAUAGAGCGUAGCGUUUUUCAAAUUUUCGGACAGCCGCCGAGGGAGUUGGCAUUAGCAUACGUACAUGAAAACCCAACCCCAGCUCCAGGCAAGAAAUUUUCAUUAGCAGAUUUAAUUGGAGAUGGCAUUCUUUAUGCCAUGCCUAAAAGUAGGAGGACUGUGGAAAAACGUAUGAAAAGAAAAUUUGGACACCCAGACUACCAUUACAAAUUACUGCUCCCCAAGACUAACAUACUAGUGUGCACUGAAUGUGGACACAACUAUGAAAGGGCACACCUUUGUGCAAACUGCUACAACAAAGUGGAGAAGGAGACCAAGGAGAUCCAGGCACAGAUCCGGGAGAAGCUCGGCACCGGCCCCGUGGAGAAGGACGUUGUGGUGCUCUACGAGGGAGAAACUACCCCCGAUCAGCCAAAAGAGUUUUGGAAUGGAAAAAGGAUUAUAGAGAUGAAGAAGGAACGCCCAAAGUGGUUCAGCAAAAACCUCUUGCAGAAGACCACCCAGCAACCAUCCAACUCCACUGACGUGAAGCCCAAGGAUUUAGCCUAAGAACUGUUUCAUGGUCCAACUAAUUCUGAAGACAGAAACUAUUAUUGGUUGUUAAGCAAUUUAAAUUAAAUCACCUAUGUCAUCCACUUCAUACUUAUGGUGGUAUAUUAUGUGUGUACAGCUAUGUCAGUGUUAUAGAAUUAGCAAUAUAAGAUUUAUUAGUCCUGCAUUUAAUAAGUCUCUGCUUUCAGAAUAAGUCAUUGUAGUUAAAAUAAUAAAAGUUCAUAGUUAUUGUUCAGUGGAA